CGCACAAGUAGCUUUGUUUGUCUAUCUGUAUCUGUGACUCUGGCUCUGCCUUUAGCUGGCAUCUUUGUUUGUUCAACGUUUUUUCUGGAUACGUGACAGUUUUCAAAUGGAGCACACUUUUUUUAACCAAACCACACUAUCCAAGGCGGAUGGUAGCUUAGUAUUCAACUGUCGGUCUUUCCAUAAUGUCACAUUUCAAUUGGAGUUCCGUUUUGGGAAUUUUCCUGCACUUGAUUUUUAAUGGAGGAGUUCACGCGGAGUUCUAUUCCUCGGCAGAUGCGAUGCAAGAUCUGGUUCAAGUAGAGCGGGAGAUUUUAAAUGCCACGCGUUCUUAUCUGGAGGAACAACAAAAGCAGUUGGAUUUUUAUAGAAAAUUUUUGGAGCAAAUAAAAGAAGAACAUGAUUGGGUUGUCGAACAAACGGAUUUGAAUGAGUACUUGGGUCACCCUUUGCAUGCUUUUCGUUUGAUCAAAAGAUUGGUUCAGGAUUGGGAUGAGCUCGUAUUUGAUCCCAUAGUUUCCAACGCGCCUAGAGAAGAACUUCGCGAAUUUGUGGACAGUGUAGUCAACGAAUUGGGCUAUCCAAAUCCAUCAGAACUCCAUGGGGCUGUUAAAGGCAUCGCCAGACUUCAAAAAGUCUAUAAUCUCACCACAACUGAUGUCGCCGAUGGCCUUAUUGAUGGGGUAUUAUACGAUUCCGAGCUUAGCUGGCGGGAAUGCUAUGAAAUUGGAGUUGUACUCUUCGAUCUCGGGGAAUACCAACGGUCACUGGAGUGGCUUCAAGUGGCCUUUGUCAUUCUUAGAGCGAAUCCCGGCCAAGAGGAAAACGAAAAUUUCUACUUAUCCGAUAUAAAGGAAUACGCGGCACUUGCAAACUUAGAAUUAGGAAAUUCCGAGCGAUCUGAACGACUUUUAAAUCAAAUUCUUGAGAAGGAACCCACAAAUACGUCCCAUCUAACCCGCAAGUAUAUUGAGGCCAGAAAGCCGGGAAAGUCUUCGGAAGUAAAUAAUCCCUCAUGGUAUGCAAAUUAUACGAGACUAUGUCAGGGUAAAAAGUUACCAGAGGAGAGUACUGGAAGGCCCUUAAGUUGCUAUUUGGAUGGAAGGACAAAUCCCUACUUCGUAUUGGCACCGCUGCAAGUAGAGCCAGUACACCUUGAUCCGGAUAUAAAUGUCUACCAUAGAAUGCUAAGCCAGCAACAAAUUAAUUCAAUAUUCGAGGAGGCGGACAAGCUAACAAUGUACCGUUCCGCCGUGGCUGGGAAUGCCGGGAAAAGCACCGUGGCCGAUCUCCGGGUCAGCCAGCAAACGUGGCUGAAUUAUACUUCUCCAAUCAUGAAGUCGAUAAGCCGGAUUAUUCAGUUUGUUUCCGGUUUCGAUAUAGCUGGAGCGGAAUUUAUGCAAGUAGCUAAUUACGGCGUGGGCGGACAGUAUGAGCCGCAUCCUGAUUACUUCGAAUUUAACUUGCCGCAGCAAUUCCAAGGGGAUCGGAUCUCCACCAGCAUGUUUUAUCUUUCAAAUGUGGAGCAAGGCGGCUAUACAGUAUUCACAAAACUGAAUGUAUUCCUGCCUCCUAUUCAAGGAGCCAUGGUCAUGUGGCACAACUUGCAUCGGUCACUGGAUGUGGAUGCGCGAACGUUGCAUGCAGGCUGUCCAGUCUUAGUUGGUUCUAAACGAAUUGGCAAUAUUUGGAUGCACUCGGGCUUCCAGGAGUUCCGCCGUCCUUGUAAUUUAACUUCGGAUAGUUACAAGUCGGCAGCCUACAGAAAUUGAAACUUUAAAAAGGUUGACUCAGUCAAUAUUAGAGCGCAG